AUGUCUGUCUUCCAAGCAUGUCUGCUGCAACUGCUACUACUGCUACUUGCUUUGCAAUGCAGUGAUGAGCUUUAUCACUGCAAUGCAGCUACUCUGGUUCCCACUGCUGAACAUCCUGCUAAUUGUAUAGAGAGUGAGAGAAUGGCUCUUCUUGAUUUCAAGAAGUACAUCAAAGAUCCAAACAACAAGCUCUUUCUUGGACAGGACAAGACUGCUGCUCAUGGGAUGGUGUCCACUUUCAAGGAGUUGAAGUACCUUAAUCUUUCUGGAGCUGCCUUUGACGGACCCAUCCCUUCUAGCUUUGGAAACCUAUCCAGUUUGCAAACUCUUGACCUCUCAAACAACUUUAUUUUGAAUUAUGAACUCACAGACUUUCAAUGGCUUUCUAAUCUCACUUCAUUGCAAUUCAUUGAUAUGAGUGCUGUGAGCUUGGAAAACAUGUCUACCAGCUUGUUUGUAGCUCUCAACAAGCUUCCUUUCAUAAAUGAGAUACUUUCUUCACCAUUCAACCUCCAAAGGCUUGAAUAUCUAGACCUCAGUAAUAACUAUAAUGCUGUUAAAAAUGAGCAUGAUUUUCAAUGGCUUUCUCAUCUCACUUCAUUGCAACAUUUUGAUAUGAGUUUUACCGCCUUAGGCAACUCUUCAAUUAGCAUGUUCCUAGCUCUCAACAAGCUUCCUUCCAUAAAUGAGAUUCACUUAGACAAUUGUGAGAUAGAAAAGUUUCCUCAUUCCAUUCCUCAUCUCAACUUCUCAGUUCUCUCCUUUCUUGAUCUCUCUUACAACCAUAUCGAUUUCUCAGAGGUAUCCUGGGUGUUCAGUCUCACAAGUCUCCAAUAUCUAGACCUCAGUCGCAAUGAUCUUGAUCGGGAUCGCUUGUUCUCUUCUCCCGAUCCUUUUAGGACAGCAAUACGACCGGAAAAUAGUGGGCAGCCCAGUAAAGUAAGCAUUCCUGAAAGCAUGGGCAAUCUUUGCAGAUUGCAAACUCUAGACUUGUCAUACUUGAGUAUCAACAAGAGACUGGCUGAACUUGAAGGUGUGUUUUCUGGCUGUCUUAAGGAUAGUCUCACUCAUUUGUACUUAAGAGGUGUAUAUGUUAAAGGAGAAAUACCAGACUGGGUUGGAGACAUCAAGAAUCUCAAGCUUCUUGAUCUCUCAAACAACAUACUCUCUGGCUCUCUGCCUUCAUCCCUGGCAAGACUUUCUUCUUUGGAGAAAUUACUAAUUUCUUCUAAUGAACUAAAUGGAACACUACCAGAGGAGAUUGGAAAACUUGCAGAGCUGGUAUAUUUGGAUCUUUCUGAUAAUCAGCUGCAUGGUGAUAUAUCUGAAAGCCACUUUGCUCAGCUUGAGAAAUUAGACAUGCUUGAUCUAUCCCUUAAUUCAUUGGUUUUCAAUGUGAGUUCUGAUUGGGUUCCUCCUUUUCUACUCCAAGGAUUAAGCAUCAGCAAUUGUUCAGUGGGUCUAGAAUUCCCAACAUGGCUUCAAAGGCAACACAAGAUGAAUACACUUGCUAUGUCACAUGCAGGGAUUUCAGACACCAUACCUGACUGGUUGGGGAACUUGACUUCUCACAACCUUGCCAUUCUAGACCUCUCUCACAACCAGAUUGAAGGGAUUAUACCCAAGUCCUUGAAUUUCACCAACAUGUAUCGCAUUGACCUCUCUUCAAACCAGUUUUAUGGCCCUCUGCCGGUAUUUGCCGGUUCUAGGUUGGUGCACAUAGAUCUUUCAAAUAACUCCUUUUCAGGUUUUAUCCCUCCAAACAUCAUUGAUGAGUUAAACCAGGUCUUUUUACUGUCUCUCUCCAUGAACAAAUUAAGUGGCAGUAUUCCUAGUUCAUUUUGUCAAAUGAGGGGACUGAUGGUUAUUAAUGUGUCUAAGAACCAAAUCUCUGAUAUGAAUUUGGCAAAUAACAACAUAUCUGGAUCCAUUCCUUCUUCGAUAUGUCGUCUUCCUGAUCUACGGACACUAGCAUUGAGCCACAAUGCAAUGCUUGGUGAGUUCCCUGUUUCAAUGAAGGAUUGCAGUCGAUUGGCCGGCCUGGAUCUCAGUUACAACAACUUCACUGGAAGAAUACCAAAUUGGGUUGGACAAAACUUAUCAAGUUUAAGUGUUCUCAUCUUAAAAUCAAACACUUUUACUGAUCACAUCCCAGAAGAAAUUUCUCAACUUGAAUAUCUACAAAUCAUAGAUUUGUCAAACAAUAAUCUCUCAGGUCCUGUCCCAAAAGGUCUGGGGAACAUCACUACUAUGCAAACAACUCCAGAGAACACUCACUUUUUGCCAUUAAUCUAUGGAGUUGGACAAACCAUUUCAUUGAGUUUCAACCAAAGAGAAGAUGAUUAUAAUACUGAGUUUGUUCCAUAUGUAAAAUACAUUGAUCUCUCCAUCAAUAAUUUGUCAGGGAGCAUCCCCGAAGAGCUAGCAAGUUUGUAUGGUUUGCAGAGCUUAAACCUAUCUGGAAACAUGUUAGAAGGUGAGAUUCCAAACAAACUGGGCAGGAUGCGGCAGCUGCAAUCACUAGACUUGUCAAGAAACAAGCUGUCAGGGAGCAUACCUUCAACUUUAGCAAAGUUGACUUUCUUGGGCCUCUUCAAUGUAUCUCAUAAUAACUUGUCUGGAAGAAUACCAUCAGGCAACCAGUUCAACACAUUCACAGAUCCUUCCAUUUACACUGGAAACCAUCUUUGUGGGUUCCCUCUGAGUGACAAUUGCACUAAAGAUGGUGAAACAAGCAAGGAAGGGCCAAAAGAUGAUGAACCUCAAAUGGAUGAAGAUGAUGAUGACAUCAUGUGGCUGUACAUUGGAUCCUUGUCAGGAUUUGCGGUUGGGUCCUCUGUUGUUUGGGUUGUCUUGGCACUGAAGAAGAAAUGGAGACAUGCCUACUUCCGUUCUGCAGACAAUACUUACGACAAAAUCUACGUUUUUGUUGUUGUGAGAUUCAAAAGGAUGAAGGAGAAGUUCAUCCCAAACAAUUGA